CCUCUCCCAGAAGGCUGGACAGGAGAACAUGGCUGACGAGCCCUCGACCACCGUCAGGCACCAUUUCGCGCUGCGUGUUAUCAGCAUUGCCAGGGAGGGAAAGGCCGCCUCGCGCAUCACGUGGUCCCCUCUCGUCCAAUCAGAUGCCGUUUUGACGUCCGAGCGCGGUCUUAGCCAGACUCUCAGCUGAAUGGCAAUGGGGGACGUGGAGGGUGUAGCGCUUGUCACUACUCGAAGGGAAGUGCGUUAAGAGAGCGGGAAAACCAGCACGCUGGGAAAGCAUCCCGUGCAUGUGAGAGGGCGGUACCGCGGGGUAAGUGCCCUGCAGUGAUCGGGAGAGGACGGCCCUGAGCUCCGUCGUCGGCUGGGGGAGCGGAGGGAAACUGUGAGAUAUGCAUCUUAUAAGCAGACGGUCAUUACAAUUAAUGGUAUAAGCAUAUCUUGCAGCCACCAUGGAGGAAGAAUCGGCUGCGAGAGGUGGCAUAGAAGGUGUAGGCAAACUGCCAUCCGCAGCUCCUGCCUUCUUUGUCAUCCUGACUCCAUCUCAGGGCGAUGGCUCGAAGGAAGAAGGGAUCUUGGUUGCCAAUAGGGAUGUAUCGUCUGUGGCACCAGUUAUCACAACCGGUUCUGAUCAAUCCAAGUCUGAUUUCUUCCUUUCAUCUAAUUGUACAUCUGGGGAGAUCACCGUGACCCUCGACAAUAACAACAUGUGGAAUGAGUUUUACCGCUGUAACACUGAGAUGGUCUUAACCAAGCAAGGAAGACGGAUGUUUCCUUAUUGCCGCUAUUGGAUAUCUGGUUUAAAUCCUUAUCUAAAAUACAUCCUUGUUAUGGACAUCACUCCGUUGGAUAAUCAGCGCUAUAAGUGGAAUGGAAAGUGGUGGGAGCCUGCGGGGAAAGCCGAUCCACACGUUCUGGGCAGGGUGUUCAUUCACCCCGAGUCUCCGUCUACAGGGCAGUAUUGGAUGCAUCAGCCCGUCUCUUUCUAUAAACUGAAGCUGACCAAUAAUAUUUUGGACCAAGAGGGUCACAUCAUUCUUCACUCCAUGCACCGCUACUUGCCACGGCUACACGUGGUUCCCGCCGAAAAGUCGCCGGAGGUAAUUCAGCUUAACGGACCCGACGUUCACACUUUCACUUUCCCGCAGACCGAAUUCAUUGCCGUUACAGCCUAUCAGAAUUUCCAAAUUACCCAGCUAAAAAUUGAUUGCAACCCUUUCGCCAAAGGUUUUCGGGAAGGUACCGUACCAGGACGACCAGUUAAAGAUUUGAAGCACAAACCUUCAGAACAGGAGGUGGACGCUUCGAGCAGUAAAAAUUUAGAGGAGAAUGAGGACCCCGAUCGCAUGAAAAAGCUACAGGAAUUAUUCAAAAUGUCUGAGUAUUUAGAUGGUGACAAAGAGAAUGACAUUUUCAACUCUGUGCGAGAAUUCCUAAAGUUGACACAGUCAACGCCUGUACUUGACAAAGACACUAAACCAGAUGAAGAUGUCCUUAAAAGGUUCGCCGAACACUCCUCUGUGGCAUCUCUAUCUACACCCUCUGAGCAGCUUAGUGUUGAAGUUAAAAAGGAGCCUGAAGAUGACUACGAUUACAGUAAGACUUCAGCUUCAGCUAUAGAAAGUGUGGCGGUUAAGCAAGAACAGUCCGACACUGAAGAUGCCGAUGUCGAUUAUCCCAUAUUAGAGAAGCACUUUGCAAAGUUCAAGGAAGAUCCUUACCUGGAUGGAAACCACUCUUCAGACAGCCCAACAGGGGUUGCAAAAGCAAAAUUACUGGAACUUGACCAGGGCAGUAUGUGCCUGGAGCCUUGUGCUGCUGAUAACCACCUUGAGGCUCCCGAUUUACCAAAGCCGGUCUUGCCCGAAGACACACUACAAGACAUGGAUGCGCAGGACUCCACUCUCCGCACAGAGAGUCCUCCUAUUUGUCCAAGCCCAAGUGUUAAUUCCCAGGUUGGAGUCGAUGUCUCUGUAAAAGAAAAGAGGAAGAGAAUAUGUAAAAACAAGAUUGAUGAAAUAUAUGCGACCCUGCAAACUGCACUGAGAACCUCCCGCGGUCCCAAAAGGAAAUGUCCUUUACUGUUCCCCAAACCUCCAGUAACACCAACCCCUGGAAAUGAGGGCACUGUAACACCCAUAGCGAAAAAAAGAGGGAGGCCGCCCAAGCCUAAAAUUUCUAAGGUAGGACGCCCUGCAAAAAAAGACAAUCCCAUAGAAGCUCCUCGAUUGUUCCCAGAUUUCAAUCCAGACCUUGAAGAUGUGGACGGAGUCUUAUUUGUUGCUUUUUCUUCUAAGGAAGCUCUGGAUGUCCACAUGGAGAAUAAGCCUCCAGAUACUGAACCCUCCAGUCUUUCGACUCCUGAAGCCAACUCAGAACUAACAGAUGAGAUGCAGAAAAUUUUAAGAUUAGAGAGGCAGCUGUUGACUCAUUUGAAGACCAUGAAGAACAGGCAGGUCAUCCACCCGGCCUUACAACAGGUGGGAAUAAAAUUAAACAUUGUGGAUCCUGCCAUGAGCAUUGACCUGAGGUAUCUAGGAGUUGAGCUUACACUGCUGUCUAUCACUAGUGAUGCAAACUAUGACGAUAAUGGCUUAUGUGCACAAGGAUGGCCAUUUGUGUCCAGAACCGGGAAAACCACUGACUACACAAAGAUAAAAGGAUGGCGAGAUAAAUUCUCCACAGAACCAGCAACCUCCUCACAUAAAAAUGAAGCUGGCCGGAAGAACCUCUCAGCCUUCUGCAGCGAUGAGCUUGAUGAGUAUCUAGAGAAUGAAGCAAAAUUGAUGGGUGACCUCAAAGAACUGACUUGGCACAAACCAGAGUCCUCUGUCAGUUAUCAGCUGCCUACUAAAAGCAGCAGUUAUGUGAGGACGCUGGACAGUGUGCUGAAGAAACAAGCACAACAAGCAAAGUCUUCAUUAAAUACCGCAGAACAGUUUCCUGUGCCGAGGAAAAAACGCAAGUAUACUCGCAGAGUGUUCACCCCCAAACCAGAUUCCAAAGCAAGGCCUAUAAUACCAGCAUCAAUUACUGUAAAGGAGAAGUCUGCUAAACCACACUCUGUGCAGAAGAAGGACCAUUCUGCAUCACACUUUCUGAACAAAGUACCGUCCACUCCAUCCAGUUCAGUGGAAUGCCUUUCCGAGUCCCAACCUGUGUUAAAACCAUCGGAGGAUGAGCAGAAUGGCACAGUUCAGCCCAACUUAGUUGCUUCUGGUGAGGGCAACGUGUUCCUAAAUCUCCAGACACAGCAAGCUUCAAAACCUAUUGGAUUUUCUAAAGUUCAAAUGAAGCUUUUAGAAUUAGAGGAAUGUGCUAUGUGGGAAGGAAAGCCUCGCACUUAUAUCACAAAGGAACGGGCAGAUUUAUCGCUCUCCACUCUUCUUACAGCCCAGGCUUCUCUGAGAAACAAACCCAUCCAGAAAUUGAUUAACAAACGGACAGACUUGUGCAACAAGGACUUUUGCCGUUUAGGUUGCAUUUGCUCCAGUUUAAGUCUUACAAAGCACACGGACACUCACUGUCAGCAUGAGACCUGUAUGUUUAGUUGUGAUUGCCUAAAAAACAAGCAUAGUGGAAAAGACGGGCUCAAGGAUGAGACAACCCAGAAUAAAUCUGAGACCGCUUUCUCUCUUGUUCCUGGAUGCGGUUACCAACCUGUGCAGGCAGAGAAAACUGUGAAGUCUCCAGAAGCCAGGCAGACAGAAGAACAGCAGGAAAUGACCGUGGAUGGCUCCGGGAAAGCCAAAAAGAGGAAAUUUACCGAAGGCAAUGACAGGAAAUCAGAUGUGCGGACACCGGUACCUUUUCCUAUCUGGAAUAGAUCUGAUGUAGCAGAUGAUCCAGAGCCUCUUUGUAUUCCUGAACAGGCUGAAUUUGUUGGGCCCAAAAUCUUGCACAAAGAACACACAGUGAAGGGCAAGUCUCCAGGCGGCGGCGGCAAAGUUGGACGUCCAAGCUCUGUGGCGCACAUACACCCGGAGGAUCCAAUGUAUUUGUACUCAAACAGCAUGAAGACAUGUGCUCGAGUCAGAGCCUAUCAACGAAAAGCACCAGAGGAAAAGAAAAUGAAAGACCAAAGCAUAUGUGGCUCUGACACCCCUGGCAAGGAGCACAACCUUAAAUCAAGCAAAACCAGAGCGCAAGAAAAGGAUGCCAACAAAGAGGAUGAAAUUGUAGAAAAAAAGUGUGAUACGAUGAACAACAAUGGUCCAAGCAAGCUCAUUGACAUUAUCUCAGACUGCAGCCGGGAAGAGGAUGACAGUAAAGUAUUAAACAUUACAUCGCAGCGCAUGACCAGAAAAGAACCACAGUCAUUCAAGGUGGGAAGCUUUAAUGUUGAGUUGAAGCAAGAAAAUGGCAUAGGAGAAAAGUCUGCUUCAGGUACCUUUUGUUCUCGUGUGAAGAUUGCAGUAUCUGCAGAGAAGCAGGUAAACUCUGACACUCCAAAUCCAAGGCCUGUAAAUGCUGAAAAUGCAAAACCUUCAGAAGAACCUGAAGAUAAGCCUGCUGAUAUAGAAGCAAAGUCUCACGGAGGGAAGGGAUUGCCAUUCUACGCCAAGGUUAUUCCUGCUGGCAAACUAGUGGCUCAUUUGAAGACUUCAGACGUCAAUCAAGCACAGCUGGUUGAGGUCAAUGGCAAGAAUCACACUCAAGCAAAAUUGCUUUUGGGGCAAAUGGGAGCACUUCAUCCAGCUAACAGACUUGCAGCUUAUGUUACACGUAGACUGCAGCCUAACCUUUCCCAUCUCUCCAAAGUGAAUGAAGUCAGUGCCAAAAUGGCUACUAAAAGUCUUUCUUCAAACGUAAUUACUGAAGAUAAGUCAAAGGACAUCCUCCCUUCACAGCAGAAUAAGACUGCUGCACAAUCCAGGCCUAGCAGCACGCUCACUCAGUUUGUCAUGGGUGACGAUGGAUCAGUGCAAAAAAGUCCUGGAGUCAGCUCAUCUGAACCCACCAUACUGGGAUCACCAAAACUGAGCAUCCAGUCUACUCGGCUAAUAUUCGUCUCCUCUACUGUGGCGGCGGGGAAGCAAGCCCCAGCUCUCACUACUACUUCUUCUUCUUCUAUGAACCUGCCAUCUUUGUCUACCAUACCCCUCUCUUCUGCGGGCUUAAGCGCUGAUUUGCCCCCCAGAAAGAAAGCAACACCUUCACUCCCAACCUUAAUGCGUGUAACAAAACUGAUAACAAAAGGCUCUUCUCUGUCCAUUCCCGCAGGAAUAGUAGCCGCAACCGAUGCCCGCGCAAUGACUUUGACAUCUGUACCCUCCACUAAGGACACUGUUUUGACACCACCCGUACUGUCUUCACCUUUGGUCAAAUCCUCACCCACUACAGGGAAUAGAUCAUCAGUCUCCCCUUCUAAUAACCCUGGUAUUAAUAAAAGCAUUGCUACUUCAUUACCAAGUUUAGUAUUGUCACCCAAUGUGCCACGAGUUGGAUCAGUAGCUUCUCAAGUUGGAUUAAAUAUUACCUCUCCAGUGACUGUAAAAACAGUCUCCAAUUCCCCUGUGCCAGCAUUGAAUCCUUCUAAAGUAACCUCAGGGCCUGGAAAACGCUUAGGUCCUCGACUUCUUCUAAUUCCUGUAAACAGCUCCUCCAGUCCUUCUCGACCAGUACAGCGUGUGCAGUCAUCUCCUGGACAGAAGAUGGUGUUACAGCCCAUAAAGACGACUUGUGGUGUCACUUUAUUUAGGCACCCCAACGGCCAAAUCGUUCAGCUCGUGCCAUUGCAAGUUCAGUCUUCCAAUGUUCAGCCAAGUAGGCAGCAAGUCAUCAUCCGUAAUCCAGGUCCUGUUAUGGGCGCCCGCUUUCCUCUUCUAACAAAAUCAGAAGCCUCAGCCUCAACUUCUGUGUCCAUUCCAGGAACCACUGUUCCUCCUGCUUCUCCUUCGUCUAACUUACCGGUUCUUUCUCCUUCCAAGACCAGUCCAAAUAAAUCGGGGACAGCAAUCUUUCCACAAAAUCCACCCAUGCUUUCUCAGCUCGGUUCUCUUGUCGUGAAAGCCUCCCCACCCAAAAGGAACUGUGAGGCAUCUCUUCCUUUUCCAAAAGUUGUAACUUACACCGCUAGCGAACAUGCUGUAAUUACAUCUAAAGUGAUGCCCCUCCUUUCAGCAGGUCUUUCUUUGCCAAAUAUCCCACCACCUCCAUUGCAAAAUAAUAGCCCCGCAAAUGCUUCUACAAAACCUAACCUAACACUAAUGGGCAAUAAGCCAGGCACUACAAGUACUCCAAAUGAAGAAGAUAAGAAGCUUUCAGAUUCAUUAAGUCCUCUAAAAUAUGGCUUAAGUGGGGAAAAAAGUGACAAGGAAGUAGUCAAAGAAUGUGAAGGGCAGCCUACAUCUGAAAUUGUUAAUGAUGGGAAUGGACCUGAAGUGCAAAAGUCUACAAACCAACAAAACAAAUCUGUGACUGAAGAGGUCGAUACCAUAGCUAAGGAGGAGCAAUGUCAGAAUGGACAGCAAGACAAUGGACAGCUCAGUAUUGAUUCCAUUAAUGAACUGUUUGCUUCCAAUGUAGAUCUGCAAGAACCUAGAAAGAAGGAUUCCCAAGAUGUUUUGAUGAGGAGAAACCAAGGUCCAGCAGAUAACGGUGAAAGUCAACAGUGCAUAGCAGAUAAUACCAAUAGUCAAGAGAAAAUUGGGGACAGCAGUCCUGUGACCUUAGCCUCAGCAGAGCACGUAGCUGCAGGUGUAGAGCAAAAUACACUAUGUAAAACUGGGGAGAAAGCAGAAUUAUCGAUGGAACAAAAGUCGGCAAAAUCACAAGACUCUGUGUCGUCAUCUGAUCAGAAUAACUGUGAAAGUCUCCAAGUGGAUCCACAAGCAAAGAAAGUCUCCAAGUGGAUCGACAGCAAAGAAACUAUUUCUGACGACCAGGAAAUUCAGAGCAAUCUACAAUCUGAGGAAGAAAGUGACAUUGACUCUGACUCUGUGGACAUCGAAACUGUGGAGGAGCUUUCUGACAUGAUAGCAGGUGCGAAAGCAUAUGCUGCUGUGGUUUUAAAAUGUACUCCAGGAAAAGUUUGUGAAAAUGACUCCAAGAGUGAAGUUGAUGAGUAUGUGGACAUUGAGACAUUGGAAGCGCUUUCUGAGAAGAUAAAUGUAACUUAUCGAAAGGAAUCUGCUCAUUUAAAUAAGGACAUGUGUGACACUGAAGGAAAAUCAUCCAAAGAGCAAAAGAAGGGCUCCAAGAUGACUGGAGAGGACAUCUUUUCAGAAGCAUUAGAUGAGGGCACCAACAUAUUUCACCGUAAGAACCAUACAGCCAAUGAGCGGAAGAGGCGAAGUGAAUUGAGGGAUCUGUUUGAAGAACUGAGAAAUGCUCUUGGUCUUCACAACCUUCCUAAAGUUUCUAAAGGUUUUAUCCUUAAACAGGCCAUAGAAGAGAUUAAGGACUUGACCGAUACGGCUGAUACUCUUAUAAAAAAAAAGACUUUGCUAUCGCAGACACAAGCUCAGUUGAUCAAGAAGGUGUCAAAUCUUUCAGGGAAAUCUAGAGAGGUUGUGCUAAAGAAAUUGGAAAAUUUAUACGCAAAGCAGAAAGCUGUGGAGACAGAACAGCAAAAGAAAAAUCUGGAAGAGGACGUUGCUCUUGAUAUAGCACCUAUGAUAUUGCCUCCCCCAAAGCAAGAGCCUUUUUUUCCUUUGAAGCUUCAGGAGGAAACUAAUGAAACACUAAGUGGCAAAACUAAGAAGCCUAUCAUACUGACACGAAAAGCUUUGUUUCAUCCAAAAGAGGGAAACCAGCUGCAGCCCGGGGUCCCUUUAACUACUUCAAAUGUACUAAUGGCACCUACAGGACAAGUGGGGAAACAGGAACAUGGAGUAGCAGGACAGGUUGCUGGUAUUCCUUCAACACUCAUACAAGCAGAUCUGAGUCCUGUACAAAUUCAAUCAGGAAUGGCUUCUGUGGUAAUUCAGCUUCCAAGUGCAAUUAAAUUAAAAGAUAUUAUUCCUAAUAAUCCUGUACCCAUCGCCUUGCCUACUGUGCCCGGUGAUGUUUCUACAGCAAGCUCUUUUGGCCCUGUGUCAGAUGAAGAUGAUCUGACCAUGAUGCCAAAGAUUGUAAAUGUUAUGUCUUUAGCACUAGAGGCCAAGUCUGACAUGGGCAUGGAAAUCGGCAUCUCUGGCACCGAGAAGGAAUGGAAGUCUGAUGCAUGCUCUCUAACAACUGAGGCUUAUGCAAGAGGUAAUGCACCAGCCCAGGAUGCAUGUUAUGUGACUGCUAAGUCAUGUGUACCAUCCACUUCUGUUCCUGUGGACAAAAAGAAAGAGGAGGUUGCAGAUCCAGCAAGGAAAAGCUGCAGUCCAUACUCUAGUCUUCAUGAAAACCUACCCCAGGAAAAUUACAGCGGUAAUACCGAAGCCUCCUUAAAAACUAAAGAUGUCAGUGUGAGUAUUACUCCCCCAACUGAAACGGUUGAUGAUACCAGAGGUUCAAAACUUGAUCUAGAGCUCAAGAAAUUAACGUCUGCCAUUGACGAAGCAGGUUUAGAUCCGACCGAAUUACCAGACACCAUGGGUGAUCCAGAAGAGGCUGAUGAAACCCUCACAUCACUCCUCGAUGAAAUUGCAUUUCUCAACCAGCAGAUAAACAGUGAUGCGGACGCUUUGGAAUCAGUCUCUGACUUUCCAGGGCCAGAUACAGUGUCCCACAGCGAUGUGAGCAAAUUUGCAGAUUCAGCUCCUUUUUCUUUUGGUAGAUUUAAGGAUGGGCCUGAAACGAAAGAUAACAUUUCCUUCAGUCCUCUGUUCAUGCAGUUAGAAGAGGGAGAGAUCCUGGAUAAUAGCAAACUUAACGAAGGGGCAAGUCUAGGUGUUUUUGCAGGGGGUGCAAGAAAGGAACCCCAUCUGACUGAAGCGGCGGGAACAUCAAUAGGACUCCGCCAACCUCCUGCUACCGUGCCCACUUAUCAAAGGACUGAUCAGUCAAUGGGCUCAUGUUCAGAUGUGUUUUGGAGACCAAUGCCCAAGCUGGCACCACUUGGUUUAAAGUCUUGUACCCUACCCAGUGAUCAGAGAGUUCUGGCAAGCAAACCAAUGCCAUCCUUGGCGUCAGUGGCAAUGAAACUAAGUUCACCUGAAAGUACAGAUUAACUUUUUUGUAUUUAAUUACUAAGUUAGUUGCUACUUCUAGGUGUGUACCCAUCUUACUCUGAAGGUGCAAACUUUCUCCAGCUACUUGAACUGUACACCAUGUGCAUAUUAUGUACAGCUAAACAAACUGCCUCCGCAGCUUGGUCUCACUGUAAGUGCAACGCACUAUAAUUAUUACACGUAUACUGCGAUACACAUGGAUUAUGGCCUGCACAACUCGUACAUUUUCUGAUCCUGCCUUUGUAUAAAUGCUGCUUCUUCAAGUCAGCUCUAAAAACACUUCUUCCAGCUCGGCUAAAACUUCAGCGAACAGUUUUUCUUGUGUCUCCAGCAACGAAACAAUACGAAACGAUGCUGACGCCCAGUUACAGUUUUCUCUGGUUUGACCACAGGUGCCUCUAUAGCUGCAAUUUCAAGCACUCAGCGUUCUCUCCGCGUUUUGCCCACAGUCAUAAGUUGGACAGUGUUCAUUUAGUUUCCUAUAUUUCUUUCCAAUGAAGCUCCAUCUAUGAAUACAUUAAGCCAUUGCUUAAAAUGUUAUAAUCACAGACAUUUUCUUUAGGUGCUCCCAUAAUAACCUGCAUGGAUGUGAAAUAAAAAAAAUCGGAAUUACCACCGAAUCUGUCACCAGUUGGUCCUAAAACAACCCUACAGUAAAGGAGCAUGCCGAAAUAUACUGUCUGGGUACUGUUAUUAAAGACAUUCAGUGUCUCUACAAUGAAAAACUGAAGCAGCUUGGCAAAAAAAAGCUUAAAUGGGUUUUCUGAGAAUUAAAAAUGGAUCACCCAUCCUCAUCAAAGUUCAUCAAUAUCUGAUCAAUAGGGGUCCAACUCCAGCACCAGUUAGCUGUUUGAAGGAGCCGCAGCGCUUGGAUUAGUGCUGCAGCCACUUUGUACUUUGGUGGUACUUUAAGUUGCAAACACGCAAAAUGUAAGAUGGAUGUCAGUGGCCUAGGCAUCACAGGAAUCUAAGUGCUAUGGCCUUCUCAAACAGCUGAUCAGCGGGUGAGCGCUGGAAGUCAGACCCUUACUGAUCAGAUAUUGAUGACCAAUUCUGAGGAAAGAUCAUCCGUAUUUAAAGGGGUGGUCCCAUAGGAUAUGACCCCAAUGUCUCAUAGGUGCGGGUCUCACCUCUGGGACCUGCAACUGUACUUAGAACGGAACCUACAGUGCAUGCGCAGCCACCCUUCAUUCAUAUGGGAGCACCGAAAAUAGCCGAGCCAGCUCGGCUUUUUCCGUUAGCCCUAUAGAAGUAUAUGGAGCGGUGGCCACUCAUUUCAAUGGGAAUUCUGAAAAUAGACGAGUGUGGCACUUAGCUAUUUUCAACGCUCCCAUAGAAAUAAAUGAAGGAGGGUGGCAGCGCCGGCACGAUACCCCCUCCGGGACUUUGCAGGCCUGUACUAAGUAUAGGUACGGACCCGCACCUUUUAGACAUUCGGGACAUAUCCUAGCAAUGAGAUGGGACAACCCCUUUAAAUCCUGCAAAACGCCUUUUAACUAAAAAAAAUCUCCUUUGUGUUUGGCAUGAAAGCUCCUAUACAAACCUAUGUGUCUCCAUGGUUACAGACAACAAAAAACCUGCGUAGUCUGAUCUUGCCCUCAUAAUGUCUUCUAUAUGUCCCCUACGUCUUACUAACAUUAGGCAGGUUAGCAACAAGUACAGGACAGAUGGACGGAACUAUGACUGCAGGCUCUGACUACACGGGGGUUGCAUGGAACCAAUCAGGACAAGUAAUUGGAAUGGUAGACCUUUCCUUUAUGAUUUAUUUGAAAAGUGUUUCUAAAUGGAGUUUUACUGCAAAAUACGUUCAGUGUAUUGCUUUUUUUUUUUUUUGUAUAUUCAUGAAGUCCAAGCAAUUGUGAAAAAAAAGUGUUUAUAUUUUUGAAAUUCUUUUCUACACAGAAAUUUAGUUCUAUAACUUUCUUGUAGAAAGUGAUGCAUUAUCUGGUCGAAUGAAUUAGAUUUUGUAUUUCCUAUUGUAAGUGUAAAUAUUAAAUCUAUGAUUUAUUAUCCGCUCACAUUUCCCUGGGCAUUUUGAAUAUUUUUGUCGUUCUUUCACCCCUGUUGUAAGGGGUCCUCAAGUGCAUCUGUAAGAGAUCUGGGGUUCUUGCUAUUGCGUCCGCAGUGGAAUUCUUCUCGGAUGAUUUCUUCCGUGCAGGAGAAUCGUAUUGAACAAUCGGUUACAGGUUUCUGCAGCUUAUGUGACCUGUUCAAUAUGAAGAAUAGAUGGAAUAGCAGGAACCGUCCGUCUCUAAAGCAAUAAUUGUGACUUGUACGUACGUGUUCAUCCUGUUAGCCUGGUGCUAGAUGGAAACAGUGUGUAUUCUGAGAGUACAUCUAGCCCAGACUGACUAGCCUCAUAGAAAGCAGUCUUCAGGUUUGCAGAGGAAGACAGAAUAUGUUAAUGUAGGAAAAAAUUAAAUGUAUAAUUAGGAAUCCUCCAUGCAUUUGUUCUAUGAGGUCUGCAUACACAGUUCUGAUUGGUGCUAAAUAAAAGGUUCACUGGUA